UUUUUUAAGUUUCUAUAAAAUCUGCUACAGUACAGUAUAAAUUUUUCAUAAAUCUUUCUUGAGCGUAUUGUUUCAUAGUAGAAUCGAUCCGAACGCGAUUGAAAUACCUAAGAACCUUCUAUUUGCAUUUGCCAUUCGUUAGUUGUCCCUUCACUCAAUGUAUAUCCACCUUAACAUGGCGGACAAAUGUCAGCCGACGGCGGCACAGUAAAGAUAUUCGUCAUCAUUUUUCUAAUGCAUCAUCGCUUUUUCAUUGCGCUCUGUUGAGCUGCGUAUCUCGGAGAUUUUUCCAAGCACGCGAUUCAGACGGACGGCCUUUAUCAACGAUAAAAAGACUCGAAAAAGGCGAUCUGAUUAGCGUGAAGCGUCGAACGGAGUAGGGCGGGAAGGGGAGGACUUCGAGUGGGGUAGGGCACACUUGACACACGGACAUCGUGUCAUUUGGAGAGUGUACGUCGCGCGGCACGGUGAACGGGACGGAUACCUCGUAGGGUCGCGAAUCGCUGUUGUUGACCCGCUGUGAGCGUGUAUGUCUAAAUCUGUGUGCGUGCGCGAUCCGCGGUGGUUACGAUGGAUUACGUGCUGAUAAAGGACAUCCGGGCGGGCCAAAAGAACAUUAACGUAGUGUUUAUCGUUUUGGAGGUUAGCCACCCUACUAUCACUAAAGAGAACCGCGAAGUUCGAACUCUCAAAGUGGCCGACAGCACCGCCUGCAUGAACGUCUCCAUCUGGGAUGAACCCGGUCAGCUCCUGAUGCCGGGCGACAUUGUACGGUUGACCAAGGGCUACGCGUCCGUCUGGCGACAAUGUCUAACUUUAUACUCCGGCAAAACCGGCGACAUACAGAAGAUAGGAGAGUUUUGCAUGGUGAUCAACGAGCAAGUUAACAUGAGCGAGCCCAAUCCGUUGCUGACGCAGCAGCUAGUCAAUCAGAGUGGCUCGGGUCCACCUGGCAGCAACGUGAACAACAGCAUCACCAAUAAUGGCAAUGCCGUAGUACAGAACAGUGUCUCGGGCCAGCCGGGACGACAGCCUUUGCGCGCGCAUACUGAAAGCCGCUCCAAUAUGCGUACUAUUAACGGGCAGCGGAUUUACCAAGCGCAAAAAACAUGUGCCAUCCAAAGUAACGCAACUACGACCGGCAGCGGAGCUACGACGGGUUCGACGACCGCGAAGAGCGGAAACGGUGGUGGCGGCAACGGCGGUAACGUCGGCAGCGGUAGCGGCAGCGGCAGCGGCAGCAGCUCCGGUCUACCCGGUAGCUCGGUGCGAUACUCGUCGUCGGAUUCCACAACUAAGUCGGCGCCGACGACCAAGAGCAAUUCGCGCGGACGCGGCAGCUACAGGAACGGCGGUCGCAACGAUCGGAGAUAACACACAAGAAAAAAACGGCUGAUCAUAUACGUGUAAAGAAUGAAAACAUUGCGCGCGACAGAUAUCGCUUACCGUCGAGUCCCGCUAAAGUUGACUCACCGAGCAGACACCCUAUUGUAGACCUUCCCCCGCAGUCUCCGCUAUUAUCCGAAUGGUAUGUGCGUCCGAGUGAAAAUAUGCAAUUUAGAACGAAAAAAAAACGAAAAAAAAAAUGAACAGUCACAUAACAAAUGUGAAAUGGUGCGAGAGCAGCGUAAGAGGAAUCCAAUUUCAGCUGGUCUGCAAUAAAGGGUGAUACAGACGAGUCAACUUCAAACAGAUUCGACUACAUAGCUUGUGUUUUUAAACUCUGAUUUUCGAUACGUUUAGACAAGUGCUAUCGAGAAUAGCUGCGUAUAAAGUAUUCCCGAGAACAAGUACGCGAAUGCGAGUAUCGUUCGUUGACGAAUGAUGAGUAUUCGAUUCCUCUUCCGGAAUGUUUUCGAAUAAUUUCACUAAAUCGUACGAACGAUACCGUUUCAAGUAUUAUUCAAAAUCACGAAUGCCUGAAAAAAAUUUUUCAAAUUGUCAUCUUUUUUUCUUUGAUUAAAAAAAAUUUUAUAACCUCAACAAAUAUAAAAGUCUUGAAGAUUGUAAUGCUUUGAAUGGUUAAAACUUGUAAAAAGUAAAAGUUAUAUUGUGAUAUUGAAGUUUGUAAGAUAUUAUCUAU